CGCAGGCCAGGAAUCCACAGCUCACCAAAUGCAUCUGUAGAGUCAGCUUGGAUCUCAGUGCUCAGCUCCGCUGAGCUCCACAGGGCUUCACAGGACAGCAAGGACUGGUCUGGCAGUGCAGCCGAAAAGGUGGACAAGUCCUAUUUUCAAGAGAAGAUGACUUUUAACAGUUUUGAAGGAUCUAAAACUUGUGUACCUGCAGACAUCGAUAAGGAUGAAGAAUUUCUAGAAGAGUUUAAUAGAUUAAAAACUUUUGCUAAUUUCCCAAGUAGUAGUCCUGUUUCCGCAUCAACGCUAGCACGAGCUGGUUUUCUGUAUACUGGUGAAGGAGACACCGUGCGGUGCUUUAGUUGUCACGCAGCAAUAGAUAGAUGGCAAUAUGGAGACUCAGCAGUCGGAAGACACAGGAAAGUAUCCCCAAAUUGCAGAUUUAUCAAUGGCUUUUAUUUUGAAAAUACUGCUGCACAACCUACAAAUCCGGGUAUCCAAAAUGGUCAGUAUAAAGCGGAAAGCUACCUGGGAAACAGAAAUCAUUUUGUUUUAGACAGGCCAUCCGAGACUCAUGCAGACUAUCUUUUGAGAACUGGACAGGUCGUAGAUAUUUCAGACACCAUAUACCCGAGGAACCCUGCCAUGUAUAGUGAAGAAGCUAGAUUAAAGUCAUUUCAGAACUGGCCAGACUAUGCCCACUUGACCCCAAGAGAGUUAGCUAGUGCUGGACUCUACUACACAGGUAUUGAUGAUCAAGUGCAGUGCUUUUGUUGUGGUGGAAAACUGAAAAAUUGGGAACCUUGUGAUCGUGCAUGGUCAGAACACAGGCGACACUUUCCUAACUGCUUCUUUGUUCUGGGCCGGAAUGUUAACAUUCGAAGUGAAUCUGAUGUUGUGAGUUCUGAUAGGAAUUUCCCAAAUUCAACAAAUGUUCCAAGAAAUCCAGCCAUGGCAGAUUAUGAAGCACGGAUCAUUACUUUUGGGACGUGGAUAUACUCGGUUAACAAGGAGCAGCUUGCAAGAGCUGGAUUUUAUGCUUUAGGGGAAGGUGAUAAAGUAAAAUGCUUUCACUGUGGAGGAGGGCUAACUGAUUGGAAGCCCAGUGAAGACCCUUGGGAACAACACGCUAAGUGGUAUCCAGGGUGUAAAUAUCUGUUAGAAGAGAAGGGACAAGAAUAUAUAAGCAAUAUUCAUUUAACCCAUUCACUUGAGGACUCUAUGGUAAGAACUGCUGAAAAAACACCAUCAUUAACUAAAAGAAUUGAUGAUGCCAUCUUCCAAAAUCCUAUGUUACAAGAAGCUAUACGAAUGGGAUUUAGUUUCAAGGACAUUAAGAAAAUAAUGGAGGAAAAAAUUCAGACAUCUGGGAGCAACUAUAAAUCACUUGAGAUUCUGGUUUCAGAUCUAGUGAGUGCUCAGAAAGACAAUACACAAGAUGAAUCAAGCCAGACUUCAUUGCAAAAAGGUGAGACAACUGAGGCUCAAAGGUGAAGUGAUUUAUUCAAAGCUAUCUAGCUACUUAGUGGCAGCCCAGACUGGGACAUAGUUUGAAGGUGAAAAACUUCAAGUUACCUCUCCUGGGAGGUCUCAAAUGUUUAUUUUUUCAACUAUUCUUUCUUUUAUACCAUAACUUUCACUACAUAUUAAAUGACACUUUAUGACUAAUACAAUAGGACAAUCUUAAAUACAUAUAUCUUCAAAUUGUACAAUACUACAUUAAUAUUUUGGGUGGUAAGAUUGUAUUUUGAAGACUAAAGUUUGCAAAUAUGCAUAGAGUUUUUUUUGGCAUUUCCUACAUUCUUAUUGUGUAUCAUUAAUGCAACAUUUAAAAUUACUAUAUAAGUAUAUUUUGUCAUUUUCUCUAUACUUAGUAACAAAUUUGCAUUUUUGAUUUGAUGUAAUAAAGGCUUUAAUGUAAUUUUUGUUAGAAGAUUUUGCAUUUUUUCAUUACUGUUAUAUUUAAUCUGACAGAAUGAUGGAUUCUUAUGUCAUUGUAUUAGUGUUGUGAAUAAUCGUGAAAUGUUUUCAGAUAGAGUGCUAUAUUUGUGAAUAUAAUUUUAUGACUUUUUUCAUUUAGUAGAAACCUUUCCAUCACUAUGGAAAACAAAGAAAAUUGCUUUCCACUGUAUAAUCUGGCAAUCAUCAUAGAUUAAAGCUUAUUUUUCUGUGAAUAAAACUUAUUCAAUAAAGUACUAUUCUUUAAAAUGAUAUCUUACUACUUUGUAUUUAUUUUACUUUCUCAGAAAAAAUAAAA